CGAAACCGGAAUAAUCUGAGAGGCAGCGCAGAUCCAGAUCCAGCGCUGCAGAGGUCUGAGCAGGUCUGAGCAGGUCUGCGGAGCAUGGCGGGUCAGAGGAGCGGGGCUGGAGCUGGAGCUGGAGCUGGAGCUGUGACCGUCCUGCUGACGCUGCUCACCUGCUGCACCAGGUGUGCCCACGGAACCAGAGCCAGCAACAUCAUCCUUGUGCUCGCCGACGACCAGGAUGUCCAACUGGGGGGGAUGACGCCGAUGAAGAAAACAAGAGAGUUGAUAGGAGCUGCGGGAGCGACCUUUGUGAAUGCUUUCACGGUCACGCCGCUGUGCUGCCCCAGCAGGAGCAGCAUCUUGACGGGUCAGUACCCCCACAACCACGCGGUGAGGAACAACUCGCUGUCCGGGAACUGCUCCAGCCCCCUGUGGCAGAAAGGCCCCGAAGCCGAGGCCUUCCCCGUCUACCUCAGCAAGCAGAAGUACCAGACGUUCUUCGCCGGGAAGUACCUGAACCAGUACGGUCAAAAAGAAGCGGGAGACGUCGGCCACGUCCCACCUGGCUGGGACCAGUGGAACGCGCUGGUGGGAAACUCUAAGUACUACAACUACACCCUCUCCGUCAACGGGAAGCCGGAGAAGCACGGCAACAGUUACGAGCACGACUACCUAACGGACCUCAUACUGAACAGGUCGUUGCUUUUCCUGGAUGACCGGAGCCCUCAGCAUCCGUUCUUCAUGAUGCUGUCGCCUCCAGCUCCUCACUCCCCCUGGACGGCAGCGCCGCAGUACCAGAAACAGUUCACCAACAUCCAGGCCCCGCGAGGCGGCAGCUUUGACAAACCGGGGAAGGACAAACACUGGCUGCUGCGCCAGCCGCCCAACCCCAUGCCCAACAGCUCCAUCACCUAUCUGGAUAAUGCUUUCAGGAAAAGGUGGCAGACUCUGUUAUCUGUGGACGACAUGGUGGCGCUGCUGGUGAAGAAACUGGGCAGCAUAAAGGAGCUGGACAACACCUACAUCUUCUACACCUCAGACAACGGCUACCACACAGGUCAGUUCUCGCUGCCCAUCGAUAAGAGGCAGCUGUAUGAGUUCGACAUCAGGAUCCCGCUUCUGGUCCGGGGUCCAGGCAUCAAACCCAACCAGACGCUGCAGGCUCCGGUGCUGAACAUUGACCUGGGUCCCACCUUCCUGGACAUAUCUGGUGUCAACCUGUCCACUGUGAACAUGGACGGACAGUCCUUCCUCUCUCAGAUGGCUCCCUCACUGAGAAACGGCACAACACGCAAACUUUUCCUGGUAGAGUACAACGGGGAGGGACAUCCUAAAAAGGACCCUGCUUGUCCCAAACUAGGCCCUGGACUGUCUGAAUGUUUCCCAGACUGCGUUUGUGAGGAUUCCUACAACAACACAUACGCCUGCGUUCGGACCCUCGGCGGCAAACAGAACCUGCAGUACUGCGAGUUUGCGGACAGCGAGGCUUUUGUCGAGGUGUACAACCUGACGUCAGACCCACACCAGCUGCAGAACAUCGUGAAGACGGUGGAUCCGUCUGUCCUGCAGGCAAUGAACCAGCAGCUGAUUAAGCUGCAGUCCUGUGUGGGCGACAGCUGCCGCGACGUCCAGACAAGAGGAGGCCACAGACGGAGGAGCCGGUCGCCAACCCUGCCAAACAUUUCUGAGGUUGGGGAUGGUUUCUUUUCCCAAAAAAGUGAAGACAUGACACGUUCCAGAAGGAACGUGGAUUAAAACGAGCCCAUUUAGCUGCUGAAGUACAAAUGAGGGAAUCGGCUCACGUCACGUUUUACCAGCACAUUCGAAGCUAGCUUAGCAUAAGGACCAAAAAGGUGAGAACAGAGCUUGAAUGUCUGACUAGUUUUGAUGAAUUAAAAAUCAUUUAGCUGUUUGUUUUUUUAAACACAUAACCUUUGUCAUGAAAUAAGUUUAUAGACCGCUAAUUCCCGCUGAAACUCAACUCCAUCUAAGUCUCGGCUUUAACUUGUGGAAACAACAACCAGCUGCCAGCUGUUUUCAUAAAAUUUAGUCACUGUUUUUUAUCAUUAUUUUUUAUUUAAAAUCUCUCCAGCACUUUCAGGGAAAGAAAGACGAUUAAAGUCCGUCUUCAGGUGCACCGGCUCCAGUUUUGCCCUUCAGAUCUUGAAAAAUCAACUUUAUCCUCAUGUUUACUGUUAUACUUUGAGUAUUAUCUGUAAUAAUUCUCAUCGUUUUAGAAAUGUUUCUUUGUCAGGAGCCAAAAAGGGAACUUUCAUAAAUGUGAUUGACAGGAUUGUUUAAUCUGGUGCACCUUCUCUUUUGCACUGAAGAUGUGUUUGUGCCUUAAAUGUGAAUUGAUUUGCACUGUGAUGAAAUUAAAGAUCAGCAUUUAAA